AUGGGGUCAUCUGAGAGCACGAGUGUCAGUUCUGAUGAUCAACCACGUCGUGUUGGGCUUAUAUACGACGAUAGAAUGUGUAAGCAUUCGUCUCCUGACGAUGAUUACCAUCCCGAAAACCCAAAUCGCGUCCGUGCUAUUUGGAACAAACUCCAAUCUUCAGGAAUUCAUCAGAGGUGUGUGGUUUUUAACGCCCAAGAAGCAGAAGAUAAACAUAUAGCUUCAGUUCACACGAAAAAACACAUUGAUUUGAUUAAGACCAUAAGCUCCAACAAAUUUGACUCACAAAGACAUAAGAUUGCUGCAAAAUUUAAUUCCAUAUAUUUCAAUGAAGGAUCAUCAGAAGCUGCUCAUCUUGCUGCUGGUUCUGUAAUAGAGGUGGCUGAGAAAGUUGCCAAAGGGGAAUUGAACUCCGCAUUUGCUAUUGUCAGGCCCCCAGGACAUCAUGCUGAAGAAGAUGAACCAAUGGGAUUUUGUCUCUAUAACAAUGUUGCUAUUGCAACACGUUUUCUGUUGAAUGAAAGGGCAAAGUUGGGUAUCAACAAAAUCUUGAUCGUUGAUUGGGAUGUUCAUCAUGGAAAUGGUACUCAGAAAAUGUUCUGGAAGGAUCCCCGAGUACUUUUCUUCUCAGUCCAUAGGUAUGACUUUGGGAGUUUUUAUCCAGCUGGUGAUGAUGGUUCUCAUAUUAUGACUGGAGAGGAGCCAGGUGUGGGGUAUAAUAUAAAUGUCCCAUGGGAGAGUGGCCGGUGCGGUGAUGCAGACUAUCUGGCAGUUUGGGAUCACAUAUUAAUUCCUGUUGCCAAGGAAUUUAAUCCCGACAUGAUUAUGAUCUCUGCAGGAUUUGACGCAGCUAUUAAUGAUCCUCUUGGGGGCUGCUGUGUUACACCAUAUGGGUAUUCUGUUAUGUUGAACAAGUUAAUGGAGUUUGCUGGGGGUAAGAUUGUUAUGGCUUUAGAAGGAGGAUACAACCUUGAUUCGUUAGCAAAUUCUGUCCUUGCGUGUGUGGAGGUGUUGCUAGAGGACAAGCCUGUUACUGGAUCUUAUGAGGCUUAUCCAUUUGAGUCCACGUGGCGAGUUAUAGAAGCGGUCCGUGCAGAAUUAAAUGCAUUUUGGCCGGCCCUUGCAGAGAAAUUACCAGAGAAGUUACCUAGUAGGAAAACACCUCAAAUUCAGAUCUCAAGCUCUGAUUCUGAAGGUGAGCAUGGUUCUGGUCCAGAGAAAGUAACAGAAGACCUUGAGGAGGCUGUUAUACAACCAUUUGCAGAGUUGAAAGUGGCUGAAUAUUGCUAUGCUCCAGAGAUCCCUCUUUCUCCUUGGAGAUCAGAGCUUGCAAUGAUUUAUGUAUGGUAUGCCGCAUAUGGAUCAAAUAUGGAUAAAUCGAGAUUCCGCUGCUACAUCAAAGGUGGAAAGGUGGAAGGCAUGCGACGGACAUGUUCUGGUUCAAGGGACAGAAGCCAGCCAAAAAAGAUAUUGUGGAAGACUCUCCCUCAUCGUCUAUUCUUUGGUCGUGAACAUACAGGAGCAUGGGGUCCUGGAGGAGCUGCUUUUCUUCAUCCUGAAAGUAACGUUUUGGAUAAAGCAUAUUUGUGCUUGUAUAAAAUUACGCUUGAGCAGUUCAAUGAUGUUUUAGUCCAGGAGAAUGGUUUAAACCAUGACAUGACGUCUCCUUUAUUUGAUUUAACUGCUUUAGACUCCCUUGCAAGCAAGCGGUCUAUUUCUGUGGAGGUUCGCAAGAGGGGCUGGUACCGUAACGUCGUUUACCUGGGGAAAGAGGAGGGUGUUUCAAUCCUGACAAUGACAUGCACCCUUUCUGAUAUCGAGAGGUUCAAAUCCGGUAAGGUAGCCAUGUGUACACCAGCCAAAGAAUAUGUCAAUACCUUGGUUAGAGGACUGGUUGAAGGAAAGCAGCUCUCAAAAGAGGAAGCCAGGGCUUACAUAAAGGAGGCCUCUACUAAAGCACUGUGA